AUGGAGCUCUAUAUCAUUCUCUUAUACAGCUUUUCUCUAUUGGGAUUCGUGAUCAUACUCGUCUCAUCAUAUUUGCUCAUAACUGUGCCGACGAAUUUGACAACCAUCGCUCGGUUUGCCAUACAUGGACAUGACUUUGUGGGUGCAACCGCUCAGCUGUUUUUCACUCUUGGUUUUCAAGCACAUCUUAUUUUUCCAUGUACGAGCAUGUACUUUGUAGGCUUCUUCACUCGUUUCGGUAUAAUGAGCACCCUAACUCAAAUGUGGGUUUCAGUUGUCGUUGUAGCUGUAAGCUCAUCGUUUUCUCUUCUUAUCACCAUCAAUCGGGCUCUCGCAGUUUCGGUGGGAAUGUCUGAUCGAACGAAGAAACUCGUCUUACAACUCUUC